AUGUGUGCUGGAGCGAUUGACGGGACACACAUUCCUAUUGUUGCAGCGUCUGAAUGUCACGCAAAAUACGUAAACAGGAAAGGCUAUCACAGCAUAAUCAUGCAAGAUGUAGUGGAUUGCAAAUACCUGUAUAGAGAUGUGGUCAUCGGUUGGCCUGGAAGCGUUCACGAAGCACGGGUAUUUUCAAAUUCAUCUAUUUUCAAGAAAGGGAAUGAAGGCAAGCUAUUUCCAGAUGAUCUCACUGUGGAAUUACAAGGAGUAGAAAUGUCACCGUUUAUAAUAGCGGAUCCUGCUUAUCCCCUCUUGCCAUGGGUUUUGAAAAGUUUUCAGAGAAACGAGAACCAGCCGAAAAGAGAACGAGUGUUUAACUAUCGCCUUAGUAGAGCCAGGAUGACUGUAGAAAACACCUGCGGUAGGCGGAAAGGACGUUUUAUUAGAUUUAGAAAAUGUGUUGAUAUGGAGGUACCUGCACUGGUCAAUGUUGUUUUAGCUUCUUGUAUUCUGCAUAACAUUUGCGAAAUUCAAAACAACGAUUUUUUGCCGCAGUGGGAAGAAUCAGAAAGAGCCGAAGAGGCAGUUGUGGGGAUUGAUAACGUUAACAUUGUAGAAUGUGAUGCACACAACAUUCGUGAAGCAUUAGCAGAUUACUUUAGCUAG